GGAAAACUAGGGAAGAAGCCCAGGCGUUCAUGGCUCAUUGCGUCCCGCUCUACCUCUGUGGUUCGUCGGGGACGACCCUCGGGAAGCGUCCCAAGUGGAGUUCCCACACGCUGCGAACCCACGGCCGGUUUUCUCUGAACCCGCGUCCUUGAGUCCGGGGGGUGGAGGCGGAGAAAAGGGUGCGGAGCGACCCCACACAGGGCCGCCGCCCUCCCACCAGCGCGUCCUGCCGCUCCGGCCGCCACAGGCUGGCAUCGCGGCUGCCGCCCCGCCCUCGUCCCUCCACCCCCUGCCCGGGACUGCUGGGCCCGCCCCGCCCCGCCUGCAGGUGAAGCGGCUGCAGCCGCCGAGUAGGUGCGUGGGGAUGAUCUCACUCGCGCGCUCCGCGCCAGGAGGAGGAGGAGCGGGAGCGGAUCCAACUUCCGGGUAGUGGAGCCGCAAGCCACCGGCAUCUUGCUUUUUCUUCCCCCUCCUCCUGCGUGCCCCGCGCCGCUCCCUCUUUCCCUUUUAUUCUCGGCCCCACCCGCCAAAAUGAACAGCUCGGACGAAGAGAAGCAGCUGCAGCUCAUCACCAGUCUGAAGGAGCAAGCAAUAGGCGAAUAUGAAGACCUUAGAGCAGAGAACCAGAAAACAAAGGAGAAGUGUGACAAAAUUAAGCAAGAAAGCGAUGAAGCUGUUAAAAAACUGGAAGAAUUUCAGAAAAUUUCUCACAUGGUCAUAGAGGAAGUUAAUUUCAUGCAGAACCACCUUGAAAUAGAGAAGACUUGUCGAGAAAGUGCUGAAGCUUUGGCAACAAAGCUAAAUAAAGAAAAUAAAACAUUGAAAAGAAUCAGCAUGUUGUACAUGGCCAAGCUGGGACCAGAUGUAAUAACUGAAGAGAUAAACAUUGAUGAUGAAGAUUCAACUACAGACACAGACGGUGCCGCCGAGACUUGUGUCUCAGUACAGUGUCAGAAGCAAAUUAAAGAACUUCGAGAUCAAAUUGUAUCUGUUCAGGAGGAAAAGAAGAUAUUAGCCAUUGAGCUUGAAAAUCUCAAGAGCAAACUCGUAGAAGUAAUUGAAGAAGUAAAUAAAGUUAAACAAGAAAAGGCUGUUUUAAAUUCAGAAGUUCUCGAACAGAGAAAAGUCUUAGAAAAAUGCAAUAGAGUGUCCAUGUUAGCUGUAGAAGAGUAUGAGGAGAUGCAAGUAAACCUGGAGCUGGAGAAGGACCUUCGAAAGAAAGCAGAGUCAUUUGCACAAGAGAUGUUCAUUGAGCAAAACAAGCUAAAGAGACAAAGCCACCUUCUGCUGCAGAGCUCCGUCCCUGAUCAGCAGCUUUUGAAAGCUUUAGAUGAAAAUGCAAAACUCACCCAGCUCCUUGAAGAAGAGAGAAUUCAGCAUCAACAAAAGGUCAAAGAAUUAGAAGAGCAACUAGAAAAUGAAACACUCCACAAAGAAAUACACAACCUCAAACAGCAACUGGAGCUUCUAGAAGAAGAUAAAAAGGAAUUGGAAUUGAAAUAUCAGAAUUCUGAAGAGAAAGCCAGAAAUUUAAAGCACUCUGUUGAUGAACUCCAGAAACGAGUGAACCAGUCUGAGAAUUCAGUACCUCCACCACCUCCUCCACCACCACCACUUCCCCCUCCACCUCCCAAUCCUAUCCGAUCCCUCAUGUCCAUGAUCCGGAAACGAUCCCACCCCAGUGGCAGUGGUGCUAAGAAAGAAAAGGCAACUCAACCAGAAACAACUGAAGAAGUCACAGAUCUGAAGAGGCAAGCAGUUGAAGAGAUGAUGGAUAGAAUUAAAAAGGGAGUUCAUCUUAGACCCGUUAAUCAGACAGCCAGACCGAAGACAAAGCCAGAAUCUUUGAAAGGCUGCGAAAGUGCAGUGGAUGAACUAAAAGGAAUACUGGAGUUAUCCUGUGGACUGCCCGAAAGAUCCGCCUGUCAGGAUUGUCUUACAAGUGUUCUGAGUUGCUGUGCAAACAGCAACUUCCUUCAGAUUAAUUGUUGAGGAUGUGUUACACCUAGUGUAAAAAUGACUGUUAAACUGCUGUUGAGUAAAUCUCAAAAUUACUGUUAAAAUGCUGCUGAGUAAUUCUCAAUUCUCUCAAAGAAUUAAUUGCCUUCUAACAUUUGCUUCCAGUUGCAAGCACCUAUGAUUUUUAAGAGACUUUGUAUAAAAUAUACCAUUUCUGCAUAGAGAACCAAAUUGCUUUCGGUACAUUGUAGUUUUCUUAACCAUUUUUCAAUAGUCUCUACAGUGUUUAUGUUUCCUUUUAUUUGUGUAUUGUGGAGUAGAGGGGAGGUUUUUAAAUUCAAAUAGAAGAAGCUAAAACUCAAAUGCAAUGUCAGAUCUCAGAAUAAGCUGACCCAAUUUCUGAAAACCAAUAAACACAUUUCAUUUGUAAUAUUCUUUAUUAUAUAGCUCUAUGAAAAGUAAUUUAUGACUUCCGAUCUUAAAAGAGAGUUUAAAAUAUACAUAGUAAAUUGAAAGAAAAACUACUACAUUUAAAAAAUAUUUUCCUGAAAACAUAGAAUGAAAAUGCAAGUAUUUUGUGCAUGGCAGCUGUUUUUAAGGAACCGAUGUUAUAUAUGGUGAAUUUUGUGGAAGACUUUAUGUCUCUUAAAAUAUUUCUUGUAAAUAACAUGGCUUUUAAUAGCUGGAAUCCGAGUGGAUUUUCCGUGAUGACUUAAUGUUGUGCAGAAUUAUAAAAAGCUAAGAAACGAAGCUUAAGAAAAUGAUCACCCACAUUUCAGAAUCUUUGGUUGAGCUGAAAUCAUAGUUCACGCAUUGUCAGUGUUGCUUUUGCUGUGAGAAUAGUCCGGUUUCCUGAACCUCCUUGUGCCAGUGUAUUUUAGAUUCUGUAAAUGUGUGCAGUCCAGCCUGCACUAGAAGAAUAAGAUAACAUCCUACAAGGUACAAGGUACAAGGCUCCCUAGCAUUGCAUUGUGGUCCGGGAGGUAAGCUGUAUACUGGGAUGCCUGUGCUGCAGUUACUCAGCUAAAGAAAAUAUUGCUGAGCAUAGACACAGAUCUUUGCCCAGCCAUUGUUACCUACGUUAAAAAGGAAUUCUUGUUCAUCUUGAGAGCAAAUCAGCAUCUAGAGGCUGAUGUCAGAUUUUCAAACAUAGUAGUAUUCUGUUGUUUAACAAUGUUAAUAAUUAAAUCUACUUUUUCCACAAAUAGAAGUGGACCCAAAUUGACAAACUAAUAUAUUUUUUGAGCUAAAAUGAAGUUUUGAAAAAGUACCCAAAGCAAAAAAUAAUUGAGCUUUGUUCUGCCUUUAUUAUAUUUAAAAAUACUGCUAGAAUUGGUAGUAAUAUAGAAAGUUUCACCUUAGGUUUGAAACUUUAUUUUGUGAAGUUUUGGACAAGUGUAUUAAAAUCUCCUGAAAAAUGGAGUUUCCAAAAGAAGCAAUCAAAACUACCUCUGCUGUAAUGCCACUACUGUUCACUGCCGUAACUGUAUAAAGGGCUUGGAAAAAAACAAGAAUCCUUAUUUUUACACCAGAGAAAAUAUAAAAGCGACUUCCUCUUUGGAGUUUUUCCAGGAAACGACUUCAUAAAGACAAAUUUAAAUCUUUCCGUUUUCUGUCCUUGAAGGUGGUAAAUAUGGUUGCGGUUUUAUCCAUUUUUAUUGUAAAUGAAACAGAGUUCAGACCGUCCGGCUGUGCGUCAUUUGUUGGAUGGCUGCCACAGACUAAUGCAGACAUCCCACUGGGAGACCAGAGAAGAACUAUACUUUGAUUCACCAGAUUGUGUUAAAUAGUCCAGCUGUUGCGAUUUGAAAGAUAGUUACCUCAGAAGUGAAAUAGAAAUGAACUUGGCAUUUAUGCCUCAAACCAUUUUUAUACUGUUUGGCAAUCAGCUUUUCAGAGGUAGCAUUUUAUAAAAUAACUCUCACUGCUUAAAAGUUCAUUCACUGUAAUGUUCAAAAUGUCCCACCUUUAUAUUAUCAGUAAAAUUAAGCUUGAGUGAUAUGCAGAAUUUGCAUGAAAUAAGCAUUUCCCCCUUCAUUUCAUGAGCUUUGAUUAUAUUCAAUUGAGCUCAGAACCACGUCGAUUAGGGCUUUUUUGGGCAUUAGUUAAUUUGAAUUGCAGCCGAAAUGUUAGCUAGAAUGUUGUUGAAUAUAAUUGGAACGUGGAAAGUUGAUUUUGAAAGGAAUUUCAUUGAAAGCAAACAAUGUUGUGCUUUUUAAAAAUUAGAAUGCUGCACUUUCAUCUCUUGUAACACAGUCUGAGAAAUCACUGAGUCCUGUAAAGUUCAGCGUUGGCAUGGCCAUUGCCAUUGUUCUGAUUCUUCUGGUACCAGUACAGUUUGGAGUCAGGUCUUUCCUUUUACUAGUAAGUUGCCCCAUCUGCUCAGGCCCCACAUUUGGGCUCUCUUGCAGUAGGGGCACAAUAGCUGCUUUCUAAAAGGUCACCCAAGUUGUACUUAGGCACCAGGCUUCAUAGAGUGGCAUAACUUGGUAUAUUUCUCCUAGCUUUUAUUUUGCUUUUUGGUUUUUGGUUUUGUCUUGAAAUAGCCUUUGAGCACAUAGUCUAAUAUGACCCGUGAAAAAUAUCUAUAUGAAUGGAUCAUAAAUGACAACCAGUAUGUUGUGGUAAGAAAAAAAUAUUGGACAGGAAAUCAAGAUUCCACUAGUUUAGUCCUGUAUCUGCUAUUAACAAGUUGUAUGCUGAUUUAACCUCACCCUUCCUUAGACGCUUCAUCUGACAAAUGAAGAGGUUAGACUAGCUCACCAUGGUGAUCCCUGUCAGCCCAAAUAUCCCACGAUUUUAGUUUUAAUUUAUAAGUGAUACUUGUAAAAUUUAAGGUUUACUUGCAGAUUUUGUGGCAUGCAGGAGACAGGCUGCCAUCACUUUUUAUAAGUACAGACUUUUAAUUCCUUAUUGUGGUCUUAGUCCUUAAUGUUUCAUUGAAGUAGAAAAACUGAACAGAAUGACAGUAUAUUACAAUUCCUAUUGAAGUGUCGCAUUUGAGCUUCUGGGGUUUCUACUUGGGGAGAAGCUUCAUAUUUAACCCUCUAGAACCUGCUACCGUGACUACUAGAGUGAGAACUUGGGUUCUUGGCACCAUCACUGAUGUGACUCUGUGGCCCUUCCCAUACCAUAGGAAUGAAGGUAGAAUGAGGCCUAGGAGAAGGAAAGGCCUCUCCUUCCAGAAGGAGCCUUGGGCAGCUGCCCGUGGGAGCCAGGAGUGGACCUAGUGAUGUCAAGCCAGGGGGAGCUACAAACCACAGGGGAAAAAUUAAAAAUAAGGGAUAGCUUGAAGGGAUAGACUUUUUAUUUACAGAUCUGGAAGAUGGAGAUGGAAACAGGGAUUCAGAAAGAAUGAAAUCAGUAAGCAUGCCAAAAACUAGCCUAUAGCCUCCUGUUUGUAGAAGAUGCCUUUGAGAAACAGCAUGCUGUCAUGGAAAAGGCAGAAACAGGGAGACAGGAGCUUCUGACUUUUGUUCUGACUCUGCCACUGAUGAGCUGUGUGGUUUCGGGCCAGUUCCUUCCCCUCUUCAUGCCCCAUCGUCCUCAUCUGUAAAAGGACAGGUCAGACUAGAUGAUUGCCCUAGUCCCUUUCCACCUUCCACUGGGAUUUUAAGGCAGUGGUCAUUAUCCUUGAGAAACCAGUCACUUUCCCUCCAUGCCUAGAUUCAGAAAAUGCCCACUGCGCCUAGUUCAGUGAUAACAAAGGGGUUCUCAAAUUGUAGCCUACAAGUGACUUAAUAAUAGAUUAAUCUGCAGUCAGGAAGCUUGCUUCAGGACAGGGAAAUCGUUCUUUGGACUGAGACAAUUCCAGGACAAUU